AUGCUUCAAUCGAUAUCCAAGUUGAUGCAGCCCAUCUUAUCAGCUCUAUUUCCCUGCGGUUCCGAUGAGGCUCUUACCAGCCUUCUUUGGGGAGAUAGACUUCCGGCGUUGCUUGAAGCGUUGAAAGAAACGUUUCCAAAUAGGUUAAAUCGAUACAUCUCAAACGCAUCAGCAAUUCGAAACGAAGCACAACCUGCGCUCGAUAUCCUUUUUCGUGUCGAUUCAUUGGACAUCGUACUUCCCUACUUGCCCAAGUGGGUACCACCGGAAGAUAGACUGAAGGAGAUCAAGUCGAGGAGAAGAUGGGAGAAGGAGAAGGCAUCGGCUCAUAGUGUCAAUGCACCGGGAAGACAAGGAGGAUGGGUGGUUAGAAGACUGAUCGGAUUACUGGGCAGUCGUGUGCAUAAGGUACAAGAAGCUGCAUUGUUGACGCUGGCAGCUUCGCCACUCGCGGACAAGGAAAUUUUCACCUCUGUGAUUAAUGCAAUAGCAAGAUCUAGGAUUGCUGAUGUUCAGCUAGCAGGGUGUAUGUGUGUUACCCAUACAAUCCGUGCUCCUUCACUUCCAAGUUCCCUCCGAUCCUACUGCCAGCACUAUCAUCAGCGUUCUGAACCGAUUCGUCUCCUCACCUUCUAUUUUACCCGCCAUCACGCCUCGCCAGCAACUCAGAGCUUGCUAUAUCCUCUACCACCUUUUGAUAGAUGA